AUGGCUUCCACGAGCACCCUUUCAUCGACCGUCAUCGACUACGCAAAUUGCAGGCACCCCGCGAAAGAAUCUAUGGAAAAGGAAUCCAUGUAUAUCUCCAAGGUCUCCGAGCUGGCAAACAUUAUUGCAGGAAAUGGGAUCCAAACGUUUGUUCGCCAUCCAGAACCAUCGUCCGAGGGCAUCGUAGAUCAGGACACCCCUUCACAAAGCCACGAGUUUAAGCUUCCGAGUUGGAGCUCUCUUUUCAUUAUCAUAGGUGGAAAUGCAGUAUUUCAGUUAUCCUUUUUUAUCGUCGUUUCCUCUGCAAGCGUAUAUGCAGAGCACCUCGGAGGAUCCGCCACAUUCUCAGGUUUGACGAUCGGUAUCCCGGCCUUUAUCUCUGGAUUGGCACUCAUCGUUGUUACCAAAUAUGAUGGAGGUUUGUACAACAGGCCUCUGAAUAUUGCAUAUGUUGCCAUGUUCCUCGGGAAUGUGCUCUACGCGCUGGCAUACCGCGCCGACUUCCUUUACCUCAUUCUCAUAGGCCGCAUCGUGACUGGCUGCGGAUUCAUCUCCUUCAUGUAUAGUAAACGCUACUGCUCCGACCCGCGCAUUGUGGGAAUUCGAAGGCGUACCACUCUCGCUGGCUGGUUAGUCGUCGGACAGGCCUUUGGAUUUUCUGCUGGUCCCUUUUUUGGGGGCUUGCUGUUCAAAGUUGGUUUUGCGAACCAAGUCUUCAACGGCGUUACUAGCCCUGGUUGGAUUAUGGCGGUUAUCUGGAUGAUGUUCUGGGGUCUUCACAAUCUCAUAUUCCAGGACGUUCCCCUCCAGUCACCUCCGUCUCAGAAUAUUGAGUUGUCAGCAACCACAACGUCCGAACCACCCAAGGACCAAGUCCAAGAGAACCAAACUCCGAAAGCAACUUUUCGCGGCAUCAGUCUUGCGCAGUGGGGAGUAAUAAUAUGCAUGUGCUAUUACGCUAUGACAUGCUUCUUCAUGCUGGGAAGCUGGGAAGCCAACAUUCCUGUAUUCACCGCUCACGCUCUCGGGUAUUCUCCAUACAACGCGGGCAACUUCAUUGCCUUGGGUGGUGUUGCCUCCGUCCCCUUUCUCCUCCUCAACGUCUGGUACGCACGCCGUAUCCAGGACCGCGUCAUCCUCGCCACCGGGACAUCACUGGGCACCGUCGGGCUCAUCAUCAUGCUCACCAUCCUCAAAACGUCCAAAGUCAAUUUCGGCUCCCUGUUCGUGUGCUGGUUCCUCGUUGCCUUGGGGUUCAACCUCGCCAGCACGUGUACGCUCAGCCUGCUGUCGAAGCAGCUCCCGGACACCUGGAACAGGAAGGUGAGCAUGGCGAUUCAGUACAGCAACUAUACUGGCCGGGUGGCCGGUGCGAUCCUCGGUGGAUCGGGCGUCAGGAUGGGCAUGGUCAAUUACGUCGCGGUGCAGUUGGCUGUGGUUGGAACUGGGGGCGUGAUGUAUCUGACUCUAUGGAGGCAGCUGAAGGCGAAAACAGGCUGA